CGCCCAGUUCGUCUUUCUUCUCGUCCCAUCAUCUCCCUUUCCUCUGAUCCCCCCCCUCCCAUGUCAUGUCAUUGAGCCACUCAGGCUGCGGGCCCCGGAGGUGUACGCCACCAACGCCACUCGUCAAGCCGCAAGUUCUGUUCGAUGUUCACCGCCACAAUCGUUGUCAACCUCCGCCACUCCCAGCCACCAGUCAGCCGCAAGAUCGUCCAUUUAAGAGCGUGUCGCUGAGCCUGUUCUGUAUUGUUUCUUCUCACUUGCUCGUCUGUGUCCUGCAUGUUCGCCUGCGCCAUAUGUCCCGUCUAGUAUACGCUCAGCUGAUUGUUGUCAUCAACGCAAGCCUAUGUGAUUCUGUGAGUGUCAAGUCUUCUGAUUCAAGACCGGGUCGUCAAGCGCUGCAACUCCGCUGCUCAAGACGGUCAAGCGCUGCAAGUGUAGCUGCCUCCAUUGGGCCGGCCGAUGUCAAAUGCCGCAACGUAGGCUGCGUCAAGGCGGGAGACGAAGCUAAUGCAAGGGUCAAGCGCUGCAAGUUGAGCUGCCUCCAGUACAAGCUCUUUAAGGGUCAAGCGCCGGAAGCAGGGGCCGAAGAAAAC